UUCUUUUACUUUUUUGUUCUUCCCUUCAGUGCACUUUGUGCGGUUCGGUUUUUGUCGUUCUCGUUCUUGAUCUCGGGCUCGAUUUCGCAGAUGAAGAAUUUGUGAAAAUCCAGAAAAUGUGUGCGACUCGUUCUGAGUUUAAGGCCUAGCUGUGCUUUAUCAAAUCAUCCCAAAAUAACGUUCUCUCAGAACAUAUCCACAAAAUGGAAAUCUUCAGAAAUAACCCGUCGCUAAGUCGACUCUUCGAGGAAAACUGUACGGAAUACAGCGACGAAAUAAUCUGGGUACUGCAGGAAGCGGAAUUGAACCGAUUAACUUUACGCUACAUCUCGCCACAAAUAGCGUUCCGAUCGAGCCUGGUGAAUCUGAUCCGAGACGUCGGCCAGCAACAGCAGCUCCGGAGGACAACCGUGCACUUGGCGAUCUACCUAAUGGACGCAUUCAUGGACAAUCAUAACAUCGCCAACAACAGACUGAAACUAACGGCAUUGAGUUGUGUCUUGCUGGCCGCAAAAAUAGAGGAAAAUGAACCGAAGGUCCCCUCUUUGAAGGACAUGAACAAACUGCUCAGAGACAAGUGCCCCCUGUCAGAUUUUGUGAUCCUUGAGGUAGUACUGCUAAAGUUCUUCAACUGGCAGCUACUCAUCCCGACCACCGCCGUAUUUGCCGAGUACUGGCUCCUGCACGUAGUUUCCAAGCAGGAUUUCGCGCCAACCGUUAACGAGAACCAGUACUUCGAACGACGUGCUCGCGCUUCCGAACUCGUGUUGGAGUUUCUGGAUGUGACAAUCUUGGACAUCACGAUGACCAAUGUGCGCCCUUCGUUGCUGGCGGCUGCUUGCAUGGCGGCGGCCAGGGCCAUGCUAUCGGUCAAUAGCACUUGGAACAACAGCAUGAUCCAACUGACCGGCUAUACGUACGACGAGAUAUGCUACCUGACGCGGGCACUGAUGAAUGGCCGGGCAUGUCUCAUCUCGGACACCCUAAGUCGCAAGCGACCGAUUCUCGACUCUGGAUAUAUAACGGAUCCAGGGGACGACGAGGAAGAUGAUGAGGUAGUGGAAGUUAGCGAAAAGGAGACAAACGCAAGCUCCGAUGAUGAUGUCGUGUUCGUCAGCAGGAGCAAACGCGCCAAACUGGAAUGAGGAAGCAUCAAUCGCGAGAUUGAGGUUAUACUCCGGAUAAAUCGGCUGCCGAUGCGUAAUUUCAAUCAAGGUGUAAACAAACAAACGGUGAUGGCAUUGAUACCAUAGUGAAGAUAGUGAAAUUCGAAAAAAAAAGAAUCAGAAUGGCUAUGGGAAUGGGAUGCAAUUAAUUAUACUUUUCUGAAUCGCGUUUUUCACUAUUGCAACAUACAGCAUUAUAGGAUUUUUUAUAAUAAUUAUUCAACAGAUAUUUAAAGCAAAAAACAAUACUAUAUUGUGUAAUGCAAUAUUCCAUUUCAAUAUAGGUGUUUGGUAGGAAAAUAA